AGGCGUUGAAUACUUGACGUUUCAGAUCUUGUAGUAGGAAAGCACCAUAUAUUCUUGUAUUGCUACUUUGUGCAUAUUAUAAAUUAACUCUCCCAGCAGGACGGGAUUUCACCCUAACCUUAACCACGUUUGCCAUUCACCUGUAGCCCAACGACCCUGGGGUGAAAUCUCAGACUGUACAGGUAUCUCCACAGUGCUGUCAAGUGUCCAGUACGACAUCACUCCCAAUCUGCAAUAUACAUAUGAAAACGGUCAGGACAAUGAGAAGAUAACUCCGCACAACUGACUCUCUGGUGAUUUGUUUUAUUCGUACCCGUUGGAGACAUACUUACAAUUAUAAAGUGGUGAAGCUAGGAGAACUCUUCAUUGUUAACAUUUGGGAUAAAAAAAACACUUGAGUUUAAAGCCCCUGUGUAAAAGUUUGGAAUAUUUUCGUUUGGUGGACCCUUCUAUGGGAAUAUAGUUGUGAUAAAUAUGGUGGAAUAUAAAGUAGCACGGAUGCUGCCUGAUCUGAAGUACCACCCCUACCUACAGACAUACACGCCCCGCAGCAUGCCGUCCGCAAGCCCAAACACCACGAGUAGCCUGUCCACUAACCAAAGCGGCCAAAAAGAAAUGUUGAGCUGCAGCAACUUAUACCUCCGGCACCUAAGCCCAAACACAACGGACGAAGAUCUUGUCGAACUUUGUCAAAGAUAUGGCAAGAUUGUUUCUACUAAAGCCAUCAUGGACCAAACUACAAACAAAUGUAAAGGAUAUGGAUUUGUUGAUUUUGAAAACCCUCAAGACGCUGCGGUGGCACUGAAAAAUCUACAGGCACAAAAUAUGCAAGUUCAGAUGGCCAAACAACAGGAACAAGAUCCCACCAAUCUGUAUAUCUCCAACCUUCCACUGUGUUACACGGAGACAAACUUAGAAAACAUGUUCAAGGAUUUCGGAACUGUCAUCUCCACACGAAUCCUGCGCAAAACUGGAGACAACACAAGCCGAGGUGUUGGUUUUACACGCAUGGAGAACAAGGAAAAAUGUCAACAAAUUAUUGACCAUUUUAACGGAAAAGUUCUGCCAGGCUGUACAUUACCUCUCCUUGUGAAGUUUGCUGAUGGUGGUAAUAAAAAGAAAAAUACACAGAUCCAACAGAAAAUCUGGCCAGAAAGGGAAGGGUUAUUCCCACUGGCAUCGUAUGACCAAGCAGCUUUUGCUCAAAAUGGAGUGGCCCAGGCCUUGAUGGCAGCCCCACAAGGGAUCCUUCCCCGCUACGCAAUGUCAACACCUCAGACUACCUAUCAAGUGCAGUCGUCCCCUGCCUGGGGCAUGCCUCCCGGUGGAUAUAUUAUGCAGCCUCAUAUGCCAGCAUUUGUGGCGGGUCAUCCAGCAGCCUCUGCAGCGGCGUUCAAUCAGAUGUAUGCUCAGCCCCCAGGGACGACUGCCAUGUUACAAGCCCUGCCUUUAGAGGACCAUGAUGCUUUGGACAAUACCCCACACUUCCAGACCUACGCAGCCACACCUUCAAGUUUUACGUGAUUUCAUCUCGUGUGCCAACAGAAUCAAACAUCAGCAACCAAUCAACACAAUGUGAAACAGAUCACCAUGGUAACAACCUACGCCAUCCAUAUUCUGUUCAAAGUUGAAGGGAGAACAAACUUAUGAUUCAGACAAGGAUAUUACAGAGAAAUUGUUGCUUAACGUCGCCCAUUUGGGGUUAAAUUUGUGAACAUAUUUAAAUAGGAAAACUAAUUCAUAAUAAGUGUAUUUGUGAACAUUUUGAAAUAGAGAAAUUCAAAAUAAAUAUUUUUUAGGGACGGUAAAAGUGUAUUGUUGACUGUGAAGUGGAUAUUGCCGUGGUAGUAUAUUUAUGAAUUUCCCAAAGACAUGAGAUAAUUCCAUCACUACGGACAUUUUGAAGGCUCACCAAUGGGCAGUUACGGCACUCUCUCUAGAGGACAAAUUGAAGCGGUGAUUGAUGCAUCAAAAAAACUUGUUGAGCUUAGUGACGGUAGAAUAACUUUGUCUAUGCCAUUGCCUAAAAGUGAUCAACUGGAUAUUAUUUUUGUUUCUUCAAAGAAAUGUGAUUCAAAGAUGCGCCAUUUUUAUUAGUAAUCAGUAGAUAAGGACUGAGAGUUUUUUGAGUGAAUGUGUUGUUUUGAAAUAUGUUAUUUUUUAAGAACUGUCAAGUUAUAUUACAAAACUUUACAAGCACCUCUCUUCCAAAGCUGAGAUUAAUCUUUAUCCUUAUGGAAUAGCAGCAGGACUCUCUUUGUGUAGCCACAAAACUUUUCAUAGGAGUAAAAUUACACCCCCCAUAUGAAAACCUUUUGUGACAAAGACUGUCCUUACAUGUCAUACUACGACUUAUUUACUGUAUAGUUCUGCUAUCCCUGAGAUAUAUCGGGUCAGUAGUUUUAUCAUGCAAGUACAGAUAUGUGUUUUGUUGGCGGUUUUUUUCUCCUUUAGGAAAUGAAACGCCAUUCUAAGGAGUUACUCAAGUUUUAAAUGGUUACAGACGGUCAAUUCAAAAUGUGUUUAAUUUAAUUUUUAACAGUUGGUGAUCUUUUUUCGCAAAUUAAGCAUUAGUUGUUUAGCACCUUAAUUAAGUAUUGUUAAUAACAGGACGUCAUACUUUCUUGAUUCCAAGUUGAUUUCACCUUUAACAUCAAUCACUAGUUUCAGCCAAAUUAUAUUUAAGAGAGGGAAACAGGUGAUGUAUUUUACACCGAUAUUCUUCAUCCUGUUCCCAGAAUAACGGACAAAAUGUCCUGUUAGAAAUUGACUGUGAAUUACUUGUAACAUCACAGAAAACUUGAGCAAUUCCAUCCCGUUUCCGACUGACAGCAUAGGUGUUAGCGAUAUGUGAGCAAGAAUGAUAUGAGCCAGGAGUCUAUAUAUGAAAUACCGGACAUAGGCGCCUGAUUUAUUGUAUUACCGGAUGACAACUUGAGUGAAUGAUUUUUAUACGACUCUUAUUGAUAAUGUAUCUACCAAGUCAACAUUUUUAACUGUACAUACAUAUGCUUCAAUUGCAAAUAAUAAUUUUUACCGUUUCUUAUUUUUUUUUUUUUUUUUUUUAAGAUUUUAUUUUUAAUUCAUUUUAUGAUAAAAUAUCUUGUGGUCAUAUGUGAUUUACUGUAUGCAUCCUCAAAUGUUCAUGAAAUAUUGCUAGGAAAAAUGAAAUGUUUUUUAAUGACCUGCGCUACCUUGACAGAUGUUUUAGUUUUAUUUGUUUUUUUCAUUUUUUUUAAACAUAUGAUCAUGUAUUUUACCAGUACAUGUUUAACAAUCAGAAAUACACUUAAAAAUUCUGAAACUUAGAAGAAUAUUAUGUCACUCUUCAUUUGAAGACCAAGUGAGUCAGUGAUUAUCGGUUUAAAUCUACUUGGGGAAAUGGUAUUUUGUAUAAAAACAGCAAGGUUUCUGUGACUAAUAUUAAACAAUAUUCUAAUAUUAUAAAAUUGAUUUAUUAUAUAAAGUGUUAUGAUAUCAAUAAAUUUUAGUAAAUCUGGUUAUACAAACAUUCAGACAUCAAUUAAUUUUAGUAACACCAGAAUAACAUCAAAACAUGCUGUUCAAGGUAGCGACUAAGAAAUUGUAGAUAGUUUUAGUAUCAUUUCAUUGUAGGCCACAUUAGUGUUCACUCUGCACAUCAUUGUAAAUAUCAUCAUGUAUUUGACCAAUCAGAUUGUUUCAUCUAUAAUUUGGUUGCUGGGCAACAGUAAACCAACCACCGAAGCUACCUGAAAUAUCGUCUAGUUUGGCAUUACUCUAUACUUGAAAUAAUAGUAUCGAUCAAGAUAUUUCAAAGAUUGUAAAAGUGUUGCUUAAUUGCUGUUUUUUUUUUUAUAUAUAUAUUUUUAUUUUUUAAUUUCCUUACGCCACAAAGACAGAAUUUCCGGUAGCUGCGGAUGCUAGUUUUCGGUAUAGUGCUUCUUCAAUUCAUUGAUAGUCUUAUGUUUCAUACUACAUUUAGUUUAACAUAAGUUUGGGGAACAUUUGUCACAGCUUACCACAACAUGAGAACCUAACAAGUUUAUCAUUGCUUACAUCGUCAAUAAUGUUUUCAUCAAAAAUAGCAAUUUUCCAUUUUUUUUUAAUUUUUUUUUUCAUUUUUCUUAUUUCUUUUUCCCCUUACAUGUUACAAUGAAGUUCACUUGUAAUCGAUUAAGAACAAACAUGAAAUAUUCAGGGCAAUUUAUCAGAAGGCACGGGGCUAUCUACAUAUAUGUGCAUAUAUGUAAAAUGAUUGACAGGGGAUCCGUAAACUUGUCUUGUACUUAUAUGUAUAAAAGUGUGUUUUUGAAACAAAAAACUAUUUAACCAUUAAUUAUCAAACGUCCAAGAAUUGUCUUCCAGACUUUAAAUAUUAUUGAAAUUAUACCAUACCUUGCACCUACUCCUUGGCCCCUGCACAUUGUUAAAUAUAUAUGUAACUUCCAACGCUAUUGGUCGAAGACAAAUCCUUCAUUAAUAACACAAUAUAUAUAUAUAUCUACAUUAUGCAAAAUGUCACAGAAUGACUGUAUGCACAUUUACGGUAAUCUUCAAACAUACAAAUUUUCUUUUCUUUAAAAGCUUAAAUGUUUCUUGUUUUAAAUUCUGAAAUGAUUUUGUUUGAUAUUUUGAGCUAUUGGUAGAACAAAGACUGUUGGAUAAGAGAGUUGUAGUGAUAAUAUUCCAUGUGGGGCUGAUUGAUUGACUUGUUCAAACUGAUGUCGUGUUUUUAAUUUAAAGUUUACCUUAAAGAGAGAAUUAAGUGAAUUUGAGAAAUUUUUGAUAAAUCCUUAUCAAAAUUAAGUCAGAUACUCCUAUUGAACAAGUCAUUUCGAAGUUUUGACAAAAAAUACACAGUAAAUCUUGUAAAUGUGAAGGAGUACUUAAAACGUCUGGUUGGACAUCUUUGGUUUGUUUGCAAACUUCAGUUCAACACUACAACCUACUGAAGUGAAAGCAAGAUGAACAUUUAACAAAAUGAUCACUAUGAAAAACAUGUCAAGCUUUUUAUUUUUUUUUGACUGAUUUGUCCCUUUCAGCAAUCUGUUCACCACCCUUAUCAACAGGUGAUAGAUAGUUUUAACAGUCAACGUAGAGGUCCCUUUGAGCUGCUUUUGUUUAAGUCUACACAGUCUUAAGAUAUAGAAUUUUAAAAAGCCAGAACAAAUAGCUUUUUCAGUUGAUUCAGUAUAAUAAACGGUAAUUAUCAGGUUUUAAAAACCGAUAACUUUGCUAACCUUUAUGUAAUAAAAUGCAGCUUAUGAUUGUUUGGAGUGUAUGAACCUGAAGUAUGACCACACAAAACAGUGCCAGUAUCACUUGUACAGACUCAAUGUGCAAUAAUCAAAAAUACUGUAUAAAGAUUUGUUAAGUUUCAUUUUUCUUUUUGAUUUUAGAUUUAAGAGAAUGUUCAGAAAUUGUUUUUUAUAUAAAUAUAUUUGCUGUACAGAUUGAUAUUGUGUGUAGGGGAACUGUUUUAAGGCACAGGUGUGUAGAAUUCUCCAUUCCUAUAAGAAUGAUGAAUUUCUGUUCACUAGUAGAUGUGGGAUGAGGAAACCCACCUCACCAAGAAUAUUGUACAUCGGUGAGGUCUUGCACAUUGGAAAUGAAAAUGUGACAAACGUAUGCAAGAGGCAAUGUUAUAUUGAGGAUAGAUAGAACUUCUUUCUUUGUUCGUCCAAACUAUCCGUGCAUCUCUACUAUGGGCUUCAGUUUACAUGUUUUUGUCUAGUUUUUUCUUUUUUCAUUUUUAUACUUGAAUGUCAACAUUAUCCUACGAAGUAUACUUCUUUCCAAUGCAAGUCCCGUCUUGUGUGGACCUUAUCCCAUUUCAGCAGGUUUUUACUAUUUAUCAUUAAGACAUCAAUUUUAAUUUCAUCAUCCUCGACAGGAAAUCAAUUUGAUCAUCCCUCUUUGUUUAAAAUUACAUCAUUGAAUCAUUUUAUACAGAAAACCUUCAAAAAUAUCAAUGUUGCAUGCCCAUUGUUACCUUGACCCAAAUGUGACCUUGCUCUUUUCCUUAAAUAUUGUUUGGUGUUUUGGAGUAUGAUAAUUGCUGCCUAAUUUUAAGUGCCAGCCAACCAUCAAUCAAAUAAUGACCUUUGAACCCUAGCAUGUAUGCCAAUUAAAUGUUUAGUGAGAGGUACAACAUUUAUUUUGGGAUCAAAGGUGGCUUUACCCCCCCACCAUUCAUGGUCUUUUGUAAGGCUUAUUGAAGCCAGGUCUGUAGUGGGGAUGGAGGGGUAGGCGCCAAUCAUGUUAAAGGAGACUAGAUGUUGAAGGUGGAUAUUUUUAUUAAAUAUUCGUCAUGUUGAAUGUUGAAUUUGAGGUGAAAUGUUACAUGUUGUAUGAAAACAAGACCUUUUUUUCAUGUGAAUUGUUCAAAAAUGUUAUUUUUUCAUCAUUAGUUUUUAGUCUGUAACAGUUUAACAUUGGUUAUCAUUGAUGUCCUUGGGAAAAUGUCAAAUUCAUGUCAAUCAGCUAAUUUUCUUACUCCCGUACAACCUGCGUCUCUGUUGACCAGGCCCUUGUUGUCAAUAGUUACAAGUGAAGCUUGUUGCUGCGACAACUUGGCAGGAGGUAUGACGUGUGUUUGUGUGAUGAUUUAAAUGAAGCGGUAGUCUUAGAUGUUCAUCAUUGUCAUGAAAAAAAGGAAAAAAGCAAAAAAUAAAAUCAAUGACUGUUAAAA